UUCUUUUUUUGUUGGUUGUCUUACAUGAUGUUUCAUUCAGGUUAAUUAUACGUAAACAUACAAAAGAUGAGUCGCAGAAAUGGUCCCAAGCUUGAGUUGAGGCUGAACCUGUCACCGCCAAGGCUUAAUCCAAGAGUGGAAUCACCACGCCGAUCAGCUGCCGUGUCACCGACAUCUCCUCCAAGCUCAUGCGUGUCAUCGGACAUGGACCAGGACGUUGAUACGAGUACUGUCAGAUACUCAAGCAGCCCUGAGGCAACAUCCAUGGUUCUGGUAGGCUGCCCAAGGUGCCUGAUGUACGUCAUGCUUUCAGAGAAUGACCCUAAAUGCCCCAAAUGCAAGAGCACUGUUUUGCUUGAUUUCCUCCAUGAUACUGCUACCACCACCGCCGUCAAGACAAGAAAGAGCUAGAGUAGGAAUCCCCCCCCUACCCCCGGCCUUUUCGCUAAUUUUAAUGUUGGCUAUUAGGACUUUAAUGUUAGAGCUUCUUCCCUUUAUUUUUCUCAAAUAGCUCUAUUUGCGCUCCACUUUUUUUCUUUAUUUUUUGUUAUUUACUCCUUAGAGAGCAAAAUUAGUGAUUAAAAGAGGUGCACAACGAAUAGCACUGCUCUUUUUUGUUUUGGGUUACAAUCAUAGACCAUCGAAUCGAAUAUGGGCGUUUGUACUAGUGGAUAUCUCUGUCUAGCACUGGUCUUUUUUGUUUUGGGUUAAAAUCAUAGAACAUCGAAUAUGGGCGUUUGUACUAGUGGAUAUCUCCGUUAUGGUCUGGUUUUUGGGUUUCUUCCCUCUUUAGCAGAAUACUAUGGGUUUUUGGGUUCCUUCCCUCUUUAGCAGAAGACUAUGUA